AUGUGUUCCAUUGCAAAAGAGGUGUGGGAGAGGAGUGAUCUUAAAGCCAUAUUAAGUGAUGCUCCGUCAUCUUCGUGCAUGGAAACGUGGGACUGGAUGUUUCGAAAGUUGAAUGGGGAAAAGUUGAGGAGAUUCAUGGCUCUCAUAUGGGAAAUUUGGAGAGGUAGAAAUCUGGUGUUGUUCGAGGGAGCCAAUCCGAACAUGGUGGCUCUAGCUGGGGGUUUCUGCAGAUACGUGGAGGAUUACGGGGUGUACAAUGCGAGGGUUAGGGAGGCUGGAGCUCAAUCUAAGCAAGGAGGCGUGAGUAAAUGGUUAAAACCUCCCACUGGCGUAGUCAAGAUAAAUGUUGAUGCUCACGUUAGGGAGGGAGGAGAGGGAGGCCUAGGAGUGGUGGUCAGAGACGAGAGUGGCACCAUCCUAACAACAGCCACGAAGAGGGUGAAAUCCUCCGACCCCGAGUGCAUGGAAGCAUUGGCUAUUAGGUACGCAUUGUCGGUUGCCUUGAGAUAUGGGUUCACUAAUGUUUGGGUUGAAUCGAACUCGCAAUCGGUAAUCCAUGCAAUCACCUCUAAGGCCCAUGGUAGAAAACCGAUCCACCAUGUUUAUGAGGACAUCAAUGUAGCCAGAGCCUUACUUGAUUUUUGUAUUUUUACGCAUGCAUAA